AUGGCGUCCAGGCUUGACUCACAUUGCAGUUUGUUGGGUGUCGUGGCUCUGCUAUUCGCAGGAACUACGCAAGUGCUUGCUCAAACACAUUAUCUGGUCGUGGGUGGCGGUCCUGCUGGCUACGUGGUCGCGGAGCAACUAUCACGGAAUCCCCAAGUCAAUGUCACUCUUCUUGAGGCGGGACCGGACCCUCAAAACAAUGAUAAUAUCAACACACCUGGCUAUCUUAUGAAUGUCGCGGACUUCAUGUUUCAGUACAAUUCGCAGCCGGAUGACAACCUCGGCGGCUUGACGCCAAACCUCUGGCAGGGGCGGGCGUUGGGUGGUGGCUCAGCCGUGAAUGCGAUGGGAUACUGCCGUGGUUCAGCUUCAGUCUUCGACGAAUGGGCAGCCAUCUCUGGUAAUCCAGGUCUUGCGUGGAGCUCUAUUCUAGACGACUACAGAGCCACCACUCAUUACACUCAACAGCCGGCUAACUAUGAGGAACCCAUUGACAAUAUGAGCGUUUUCGGUGAUGGUCCAGUGGAGUUGAGCCGCCAAAGCGGUCUGGCUGGUACAGAGCUUCCUUUUGCACACGCCUGGCAGAACCAGGCCAAUCUUUCCAUGAUGGACGCCCAAAACGGCCAGGGAAUCGGGGUUUAUCUGGGCCUGCAAUCUAUUCGGGUCAGCAACCGCACCCGAUCUUAUCCGCCGAGCACGUAUGGCAUGCAAAUGGCCGACCGCCCGAAUGCGCGAGUCCUUGCGAACCAUUGGGUACAGAGCAUCGGAUUCUCAAACACGAGGGCGACCAGUGUAAAAUUCACAAACAUGCUGACGGGUAUGGAAGAUACUAUGACUGCGGACGAGAUUGUUCUCGCAGCAGGCGCCGUCAACAGCCCCAAGCUGCUCUUGCAGUCUGGUGUAGGACCGGCCGAAACCCUCGAAAACCUUGACAUCCCUGUAGUGGCCGACAUCCCCGGCAUUGGCGCUCAGAUUUGGGAUCACCAUUAUUCUUAUAUCCAGUGGCAAGUGACUGAUGACGUUAUGACGAAUUGGAGAUGGCAAAGCGACGCGACACUCACUGCUGAGGUGGAGAGACAGUACCAAGCGAACUACUCCGGGCCAUUAGGCUGGAAUCUUGCAGCCCCAUCCUACGCCGCACUACGUCUUCCCGAUGAAGCGCUUGCAGGUGUCAAUAGUAGCUUCUAUCAACAGCUCGACGCGGACAGACCACAUGCUCUCUUUCAGUGUGGCGCGUACGCGUUCAAUGCAUCAUUGGCGCCGAACUCAAAUGUUAGCAUGGCAUCGACGUGGGCGUCUUUGAUGCAGCCUGAGGCCGCCGGGUACUUGACUAUCAACUCAUCCGACUAUCGCGAUCCUCCGCUGAUCUACAGUAAUUACUACGGAUCUCCGGCUGAUAAAGCAGCCAUCUUGUAUGCAUACAAGAUGAUGCGCUCUGUGCUUACGUCUGAUCAGGAGUUUUCAGAUAAGGUGGUCAUGGAGGUCUUCCCGGGCUCGAAUUCAACGUCCGACGACCAGCUUUGGCGGGCCAUUCAGAGGAGUGCUUCUUCGUUUCAUCAUGCUGUAGGGACUGUGCCACUGGGCAGGGUCGUCGACACCAACUGGCGCAUAAAGGGACUGGACGGCAUCCGGGUAGUAGAUUCCAGCGCCAUACCGACGUUGCCCACGUGCCAUCCCAUGUCCCAUGUGUACGCUGUGGCUCACCGAGCUGCGAUGGACAUCAUGCAUGCGGACGGGAUGUGA